AUGCCCGGCGCUGGAUCGGCGAGAAACGCGCCCGAUUUACAGAUUCAAAAUGGGAAACAAAACGGUUUCUCGACAGUCGCUCCACAAGUGAUGAUCGAAGGGAAUCCGAAAGUGCCCGAGACUCGACUCUACAAAAAGAGAUGGGCAAUUCUCGUCAUGUUCUGUUUACUCUCAGCCUCAAACGGUGCUCAAUGGAUCAUCUACUCGAUCAUCUCGCCGAUCAUUUCCGAUUUCUACGGUGUUUCCUAUGCAGCCAUCAAUUGGACAUCGAUGGUUUACAUGCUCACCUAUAUCUUCUUCUUCAUCCCUGCAGCCUGGCUUCUCGACAAAUACGGUCUUCGUCUAUCGAUUCUACUGGGAGCUGCUGGGAAUUGCAUUGGUGCAUGGAUUAGGAUAUUUUCAACAACACCAGAUGCGUUCUGGAUCACGAUGAUCGGUCAAACAAUCGUCGGAGCGUCACAGAUGUUCACCCUGGGAGCUCCACCACGAUUAGCGGCUGUAUGGUUUGGCGCUGAUGAGGUGUCGACGGCUUGUGCAGCGGGAGUCUUCGGAAAUCAGUUGGGCAUCGCAAUCGGUUUCGUCCUUCCACCGAUGAUCGUCCAAAACGGGACAAGCGAGGAGGUGGCCGAGGAUUUGAUGUCACUUUUCCUCUACUCCGCUGUUCUCAACACGAUCAUCUUCACAUUGAUUAUUUGUUUCUUCUCAGCUCGACCCAAAAUGCCGCCCUCAUAUGCCCAAAUCACCGCUCUCGAGCAGUCGAUCGACAGCAAUUUCAUGGGCACAAUGAAGAAAUUGUUGACGAAUAAGGAAUUCUUGUUGCUCUUCUUGACUUAUGGUAUGAAUACGGGUGUUUUCUAUGCGGUGUCCACGAUUCUCGCCGAAAUGAUCGAAGUCGUUUAUCCGGGAGAAAGCGAGGCGAGCGGGAGGAUUGGUUUGGCAAUGGUUUUGGCCGGUAUGUUUGGCUCGGUGGUCGGCGGAGUGUGUCUGGACAAGUUCAAGAAAUUCAAAUUGAUCACCUUCGUUGUUUACUUCUUUUCAUUCCUCGGCAUGGUCUUUUUCACGUUCACUCUCGAGUUAGACAUUUCGAUGGUUUAUACAGGAGCCAUUGCGCUUGGUUUCUUCAUGACAGGCUAUCUGCCGAUCGGUUUCGAGUUUGCCGCCGAGUUGACAUUCCCUUGUGCAGAGGGGACAAUGUCUGGUCUUCUCAAUGCAAGUGCUCAGAUCUUCGGCAUCGCUUUAACAUGGGCUGCCGGAUCGCUUUUGCACUGGUUGGGCAUUUUCACGAGCAACACCGUCAUGAUCGGGGUUCUCAUUUUGGGAACCAUUCUCACUGCUCUGAUUCGCGAGGAUCUCAAGCGGCAAAAGGCGCAAAAAGCCCAAGUGCAUUUGCCUACCUCCGAGACACAACUCACCAGCUAUACCGUGGUGGCCGAU